AUGACAGAUGACAAUAGGAAUGCAAAGAAAGGAGGAGAUACCAGAUGUUUGGAAGAUAUAAAUUCUAAAAUACAAGAAAUGCUGGAAGUUAUACCACCUGAAUAUUUUAAGGAAAGAAGAAAGUUUGGGAAAACUAAAGAUGGCAAACCCAACAAGGGAAAGAUUUUAACGGAGGGAGUUAAUUAUUUACUAAAUCUACAGAAUCAAGUAGAUUUAAAUAAUAGAGAGGAAAUAGAGUUACUUAAUAGAUUAAAAACAUUGAUGGGAGAGAGAGGGGUAAGUUUGGAUCAAUUAGGGCUUCCGCAUGAGGGAUUACUAAAUUUGGAGAAUACUAGUGCAGAAAUAGAACUAGGUAAAAUAGGAGUAGGGCCCUUAGCAGCUGUACCUAAUAGGAAUAGUGGGAAUAGUGAUAUUAAUAACAGUAAUGGUAAUGAUCAUACACCGACGGAGACCCUUGCUGGAAGUGGAUACAAUCAGUAUGAGUGA